ACCGAUAACUUCUAAUCGUUAAAAGUCCAAUUUGUCCCAAUCGAAAUCGAAAUUGGUUAUCGCAGCGGUUUCUGAUUGUGGCUAACAAUCGGUUACAUAAAUAAUUAACAAAUAAAGUGCUUCUCUUCAGUAAAGGAGAAACCUUGACUCGAGCAAGUAAGGGUAUAGGGAAUAAGAAUGAAUUUGUUAAUCGUAAUUGCGUUUGCCACAUCGGCAAUAUUUGCUGUGAGUGCUGUUGAAUACCAAAAACUGGGAUCGACACCAUGGGAGGAACGACCCAUCGAGACUAUGAAUCAAUUCUACGAGGGAAUAUUCAGAGCCCGAUUGGACCAUUUCCGGCCACAAAAUCAGGAAAGAGUUGAAUUCACCUACCACGUCAAUGCAAACUUCUACAAUCCAGAAGGUGGACCACUGUACAUUUAUCUGAAGGAUUACCGCGAUUACACAACCAGAUGGAUUGAAGACGGUUUGAUGGUGGACAUUGCUCAAGAAACUGGAGCUGCUGUAUUGACCUUCGAUCACCGUUACUUCGGUGUGAAUCGUCCCACAGACACUGCAUCCUUCGAAGAUUUGGAAUUCCUUUCAGUCGAGCAGAUUCUUGCCGAUGUUGCUGAUUUUACCCGAUUUGUUCGUCAAUAUAUUGGCAAUGGUCGUUACACUCCAGUCGUUUUGUGGGGAUCCGGUUUCGGAGGAGUCCUGUCGGUCUGGGCUAGAAGCCGUUAUCCUCAUCUCGUCGAUGCCGCUUGGUCCUCAAGUGGACAUAUUCAACCUGAACUCGCUUCGUUCGGACCAUACGACAUCUUCGAAUACACAUUCAUGAUCCCCGAUGACGACGGUUAUUGCCGUGCAUUGAUUAAGAACGCCUACGACAUUAUUGCCUAUCUCGUCAUCAACGGCGAAGGUGAAUAUUUGAGCGAACGUAUGAACCUUUGCACUCCAGUCGCGACUGACGAUGAAGCUGAUGUUGCAUCCCUAUACGAAAAUACGAUCAGAGCCGUACUCAGUUACAUCAACGAAUACCACUUCACUGGCGUACGAUCAUUCUGUAAUGAUAUGGCCGCCAUCCCUGGAGAUCCGCUAAACUCCUUUGCCAGAUGGGUACGAUACGUUUAUGGAGAUCAGGAGUGUUUCGAUCACAGCUACGACACCAUGAUCGAAAAUACAUCAAACACUACCUGGGGAUCGUUCGGAACUACAGAAGGAAGACGUCAAUGGUACUAUUUGCAAUGCACCCAAAUCGGAGCAUUCUUGUUGGCUGACAACAAUACCUGGUUACCUGGUGUUGUGACAUUGAAUUAUCAUUUGGAGAAAUGCGCAGAUGUUUUCGGCGUCGAAUUCGAAUAUAACACAUUGAGCGGUGCGUUCAACACCCUCAUGCAAGAGUACAAUCAAGCUAUUUCAAACGUUGUUUACACGAACGGAUACUUCGAUCCAUUCAGAUAUUUCGGAAGACUUUACGAUACAUCCGGCCUUGGAACCGUUGUGAACAUGGACUUCGCUGCAAUGUCAGCCGAUCUUAGUUCGCUAUCACCUAACGAUCCGAUCUCAAUCUACGAAGGAAAAGAAAGAGUCAGAGAAUUAAUUGAGAGAUGGUCAGACAUGAAUCCACCACAACCACCACCAACAGGAACACUACCACCUCCAACAUCACCAGCUGAUGUGUAAAUGAAAAAAAAAAUAAUAUUUUUAAUUAGAAAUUUCACUUUGUCUCUUUGAGGCACGUGUGCAAUGUGAAUCAGUAAGCAAUAAAGGUUUACAUUAAACAAU